AUGCACAAACUCCUCUUCUUAUCCACACUCUCCCUCGCGGCAGCUACAUCUACCACUACUAAUGGGGACUUGGGGUAUUUGCAAUGCGCUUCCUCCAUCGCAGAAACCUACCCGCGCAGCGCAGAAUGCACUUCCCCCUCAGUACUAGACUGCUUCUGCAACGCACCGUUUGAUCCGUCCUCGCUGGACCGGAAGACUUUGGAGAGUUGUGCGCAUGAGGGUGUUUCACCAUCCAACAUCCCCGACUACGUAUGCAGCGACACCGACGUCCCCAUUGAUGCACGCAAGGGAAGUAGUCCCAUGAUGCGGGUUGAUACGACCAGCUCUGGUGCCAGUACGGAUGGCAACGGCAACGGCAACGGCAAUGGCAACGGAAAUGGCAACGGGAAUGGGAAUGGCAACGGCAACGGAAAUGGCAACGGAAACGGCAACGGCAACAGCGGCAACAUAUUCACACCCCAACACUCCAACUACAAGGCCUCAAAGCGCGCAUACGCACCACCCUCCCCAGACCCUAACGCCGACACACCCUCACCCGACACAACCACCACCACCCAAGAAGUCUCCUCAGACGACUCAUCAGAAGACCGCAUCGAAGCGACCACCAAAACCAAAACCGAAACCAAGACCUCCGAAGCGCGCAUCGAAGCACCGGCGACCAUAACCGAGCAUCACGGGGUACACAUGACAGACGCUACGAACCCAAACGUAGUAUACAAGAUGUACACGGAGACCGUGACGGACUGUGCGUGUGAGCAUCCAGCCGCUACUGGCGAUGCGCAUGCCUCGGAGUUGAGAUUGGAGAGUGGAACUGCCGCUACUGCUGCUGCUGAUGCUGCUCCUACUGGUACAUCAGCAAGGCUGUUUGGAACACAGGCGGCGGAGACGUCAGGGGCGGUGGUGUCGUCGUCGUCGGUGGUGAUGUCGAUGCCUAGUGGGGUGGAUGCGAGUCGGGUUGAUGGGGUGAAUAAUGGGACUGGGGCGUUGUUUGAGGGGGGUGCGAGUAGGGUAGGAGGAGGAGGGGGAGUUGGGGGAUUGUUGAUGGGGGUUGUGGUGGGGGUUGUGGGGGUGGGUUUG